UCCACUCGAGCUCCACCCUCUAUCUUCGUCCUCAACCUUCUACGAGUCGCAGAGCCCAAAGCAAGAUGGCCUCCAUUGCCCUCAAAUCCUUCGUCGGCCUCCGCCAAUCGUCGCUGGAGAAGCCCCAGUUCACCGUCCAAGCAAAACCCCUAAUCAACGUCCAAACCCCUCGCCGAUUCCGAGUCGUCGCCGGUAAAUUCAGUCCUAAAGUUUCCGGCCGGAACCUGCGAGUUGCCAUCAUCGGCGGAGGACCAGCUGGUGGUGCCGCGGCUGAAACCCUCGCCAAGGGUGGGAUCGAGACGUUCCUGAUUGAGCGGAAGCUUGACAAUUGCAAGCCAUGCGGCGGAGCCAUCCCGCUAUGUAUGGUUGGAGAGUUCGAUUUGCCUCUGGACAUAAUCGACAGGAAGGUGACGAAGAUGAAGAUGAUUUCGCCAUCGAACGUCGCCGUCGAUAUCGGCCGGACACUGAAGCCGCACGAGUACAUUGGGAUGGUCCGGCGAGAGGUUCUGGACUCGUAUUUGAGGAACCGGGCAAUGGAGAAUGGGGCUAAGGUGAUCAAUGGGUUGUUCUUGAAAAUGGAUAUGCCUAAAGAGGAUAACGCCCCGUACGUUCUGCACUUCACGGAGUAUGAUGGCAAGGCCGGUGGAACAGGGGAUAAGCGGACAAUGGAGGUGGAUGCUGUGAUUGGGGCCGAUGGUGCUAAUUCCAGAGUCGCUAAGGCCAUCGGUGCAGGUGAUUAUGAAUACGCCAUUGCGUUUCAGGAAAGAAUCAAAAUCCCUGAUGACAAAAUGGUGUACUAUGAGGACCUAGCUGAGAUGUACGUAGGCGACGAUGUUUCGCCUGACUUUUACGGCUGGGUUUUCCCCAAGUGUGAUCAUGUGGCUGUUGGUACUGGGACAGUGACACACAAAGGAGACAUCAAGAAGUUCCAACUAGCAACAAGAAACCGUGCCAAGGACAAGAUUUUAGGCGGCAAGAUCAUUCGAGUUGAAGCGCAUCCGAUCCCUGAACACCCCCGCCCUCGCAGGCUAGCGGGGAGAGUGGCCUUGGUUGGUGAUGCAGCUGGUUAUGUGACCAAAUGCUCCGGCGAAGGCAUCUAUUUUGCAGCCAAGAGUGGGAGGAUGUGUGCGGAGGCGAUUGUGGAGGGUUCAGAGAAUGGGAAGAGGAUGGUAGAUGAAGGGGACUUGAGGAAGUACUUGGAGAAGUGGGACAAGACUUACUGGCCUACUUACAAGGUGUUGGAUAUUUUGCAGAAGGUUUUCUACAGGUCUAACCCCGCGAGAGAGGCUUUUGUGGAGAUGUGUGCAGAUGAGUAUGUGCAGAAGAUGACUUUUGAUAGCUAUUUGUAUAAGAGGGUUGUGCCUGGGAAUCCAUUGGAGGAUUUGAAGUUGGCUGUGAAUACUAUUGGGAGCUUGGUGAGAGCUAAUGCACUUAGGAGGGAGAUGGAUAAACUUAGGGUAUGAAAUCAAAUCCUUUUUGUGAGUAUGUAACUUAUAUUGUCUGUUUUUUUUCCUAACAUUAUGUAUGAUACAGUUUUAUUUGGAGCCAAGAUGUUGAGUUUCAAGUCA